AUGCGUCUGAGAUUCUAUUCUGUCUUAAUUGAUUAGUUUUCUGCUUUGAAUUUGGAUUCUGUUUUCGUUGCUUUAAUUUGUGGAACAAGCGGCGUCUUUACACUUUGGAUCUUGUUUAUUCUUUUUGGGAAAAUUUUCUGUGUUUAGGAUAAGAUUUAUGAUUUUACAACACUUAUUAAUAUUAUCGGCAGAGAAAAAGGGAGCGAUCUUGUAGUCAUAUUUGGAAUUCCAAGUGUUAUGACUUAUGACUGGCACUAGAAGCUUACUCAUAGCUAACACAGAUGGUCAGUGUUUUUUGAUCGUGCAGAUAUGGACCGCUAUGUCAUGCAUCAUUGUAGUGCACCUUGACUAUCUUGAAGCUGGUGCUGAUAUUAUUAUCACAGCAUCUUAUCAGGCCACCAUUCAGGGUUUUGAAGCAAAAGGCUUCUCUAGUGAAGAAAGUGAAGGCAUGCUUAGAAGAAGUGUAGAAAUUGCCUGUGAGGCAAGGGAUAUUUAUUAUGAGAGAUGUAAAGCAGGAGCUUCUGAUAGUAAUAAUGACAUUAGGAUUCUGAAACAGCGCCCCAUUUUAGUUGCAGCUUCUGUUGGCAGCUAUGGAGCUUAUUUGGCUGAUGGAUCUGAGUACAGUGGGAAUUAUGGUGAUGAAGUUACCUUGGAAACCUUGAAAGAUUUUCAUCGCAAAAGGGUUCAGGUAGUGGCAGAAUCAGGUGCUGACCUCAUAGCAUUUGAAACAAUUCCAAAUAAGGUAGAAGCUCAGGCUUAUGCUAUGCUCUUAGAGGAAGAAAACAUAAAGAUUCCUGCUUGGUUCUCCUUUAACUCUAAGGAUGGUAUCAAUGUGGUCAAUGGUGAUUCUUUGGUAGAAUGUGCCUCAAUUGCUGAAUCAUGUGGGAAAGUAGCUGCUGUGGGUAUCAACUGCACUCCUCCUAGGUUUAUCCAUGGAAGUAUAUUAUCUGUCAAGAAGGUGAGCUCCAAACCAAUACUUAUAUAUCCGAACAGUGGGGAGAGCUAUGAUGCUGAUCUAAAGGAGUGGGUGCAAAAUACUGGUGUAUCAGAUGAAGAUUUUGUGUCAUAUGUAAACAAAUGGUGCGAGGUUGGUGCUUCCCUUGUUGGCGGCUGUUGUAGAACUACUCCUAACACUAUCAGAGCUAUAUGCAGAACUCUCUCCAAUAGAUCUCCUGCUUUGCCAUUGUAGCAACCGACCUGAUUUGACAUAGAAGGAGCAAAGCAAUUACAAGUCUAACUGGCCUGGGCUGUUAAAAGGGCUUGCAUGGUCUGGAUAUUUUUGCCCUCAGUUGCGAUGUGGAGAGGAGGGUUAGACAUGGCCUAUGCUGCAGGUCAGGGUUGAAAUUUUUGUUCGAGCAGAUGAGUUGUCUUUUGUGAGCUACUCAUAGAGGGAAUAUCACUAGGUGUGAGGAUCAGUUUUCUGUUUAUAGCAAGCCUUGUGUACCGGAAGAUUGUGUCCUAUUUUCUGUUUAUAGCAAGCCUUGUGUACCGGAAGAUUGUGUCCUAUGUUAAAUAACGCCAACUCCAGCAAUUUAAUUGCGGUAUACCCUCCUUGUGACUGAAAUGUGGUGGAAUCUCAUUAACAUGUAUUGGAAUGACAAUGAGACAAGGCUGUUGAAAACCUUUGGCCUGUGGCACAAGGGAGUUUCAAUUCA